GACGUCACACGGAAGCCGCCUCUCCAAGGCUUCAGGGAAGUUGUGGCAGAUAGGCUAGGUUGUUGUCUUUGUACAAGGAGACAUUAAGCUAGCCAGCGAGCAUAACAUUUUCUCCCUUCACGUUAUAUACCUACAUAUAGUGUAUGGUUCAAUAGCUAGGUGGAACGGAAACACGGCGAACCAGGCAGUAGUAUGGAGCCUCAUAUACACGUUUCACUCUUCUGCCUCUUUAUUGGUGUCGUCUCUCCGAGGACCGCGGAGGCCAGUGUGGACACUCGUAUCAAACCGGGAGUGAACAACUACAGCAAAUAUUACAAUUAUUCGGAGUUGACGGGGCUUCUUCAAACCAUGGUCAAUACCUAUCCCCACAUCUCGAACCUGUCCAGCGUAGGGCGGUCCGUCCAGGGCAGGGAGCUGUGGGUCAUGCGGAUCACAAAGGACCCCAACACAGACGAUCCGGGGAAACCUAGGUUCAAAUACGUGGGAAACAUGCACGGCGACGAGACAAUAUCCAGGCAGGUGCUGGUGUACCUUGUGGACUAUCUGCUGACCAAGUACGGUGAAGACCAACGCGUCACGGAGCUGGUGAACACCACGGAUAUUUACAUCAUGCCCAGCAUGAACCCAGACGGCUUCGAGAAGUCCGUGGAGGGCGAAUGUGAUGGAACCGCUGAGGGUCGUGUAAACGCAAGAAAAAUCGACCUCAACCGAAGCUUCCCCGACCAGUUUGGAGAAACGGUGGUUACUAAAGAGGAUGCCCCAGAAGUAUGGUCCAUUAUUCAAUGGAUAUUGGCCAAAAGAUUUGUGCUCUCGGCCAACCUGCAUGGUGGCACCGUGGUGGCCAGCUACCCCUUUGACGACUCGGCCAACCAUCAGAUUGAGGGUUCAUACAGCCGCUCAGACGAUGACCUUUUGUUUCGUUACCUGGCCCGCGUCUAUGCAAAAAACCAUCCUGUGAUGAGGACCGGCCAUCCCAACUGCCCUGAUUAUCCAGCUGAGAGCUUCGAGGAAGGCAUCACCAAUGGAGCCAGGUGGUAUGAUCUAUCUGGAGGGAUGCAGGACUUCAACUACCUCCACGGGAACUGUCUGGAGAUCACCAUGGAGCUGAGCUGCUGCAAAUACCCCCCUGCCUCUGAGCUCAGGAGCGAGUGGGACAUGAACAGAGAGUCGCUGAUGGCCUACAUGGAAAUGGUUCACAUAGGGCUGCGUGGCUAUGUGACAGAGGCCAACAAUGGCUCCGGCCUCCCUGACGUCAGAAUCGUGGUGGCAGGCAUCAACCACAACCUGACCACAGGACAGCACGGCGAGUACUAUCGUCUCCUUCUCCCCGGACAGUACAACAUCUCCGCCAUCGCACCGGGGUACACCACCCAAACGGUCCACAACGUCCUGGUGACCAAGGGGAAAGCCACUGAGCUCAACUUCACCGUGAGACCCGCUCCCAGCGCGCUCGUGAGCGGCGUCCCCGUGACGACCUCAGCCGCGACGUCCGCACAGAGCACGGCCCAGGGCACCGCUCAGAGCACGGCCCAGGGCACCGCUCAGAGCAGCACCCCCGCGUCCGAACCCACCCCUUCCGCGGAGAACAAGGCCCCGGCCUCCAGCGGGAACCGCAGCGACUCCCCCCCCCCUCCCACCGCCGGCCCAGAGGUCAGCCCCCCCCUUAUGCCGCAGGACUUCCGCCACCACAACUACGCCGACAUGGAGCUGUUCCUGCGCAGGCACAGCGUCGAGUUCCCCGCCAUUGCACACCUCUCCUCCGUGGGUAGGUCCGUGCAAGGCCACGAGCUGUACGUGAUGGUCAUCUCCGACAACCCGACGGUCCACGAGCAUGGAGAGCCCGAGUUCAAGUAUGUCGGCAACAUGCACGGCAACGAGGUGGUGGGACGGGAGCUGCUGCUCAACCUCAUCGAGUAUCUCUGCCGUAACUAUGGCAACGACCCCGAGGUCACCCAGCUGGUCAACAGCACACGCAUCCACAUCAUGCCCUCCAUGAAUCCGGACGGCUACGAAGUUGCCAGGGAAGGGGAUAAACAAGGCUACCUGGGACGGAACAACAGCAACAACUUCGACCUGAACCGCAACUUCCCCGACCAGUUUGUGAACAUCACGGAGCCAAGGCAGCCGGAGACGGAGGCCGUGAUGAGCUGGCUGGAGAGCGUCCCCUUCGUGCUGUCGGCCAACCUUCACGGGGGCUCUUUGGUGGUUAAUUACCCCUAUGAUGACGAUAGAGAAGGAGUCUCGCAGUACAGCAAGUGCCCCGAUGACGAGGUCUUUCACCAGGUGUCUAGAGCCUACGCACAGGAGAACGCUCUGAUGCACAAAGGGCACCCUUGUGAGAUGCUGUACCCAGAGGAAUAUUUUGGGGAGGGCAUCACCAAUGGUGCCAACUGGUACAAUGUUCCUGGAGGCAUGCAGGACUGGAAUUAUUUGAACACCAACUGUUUUGAGGUCACUAUUGAACUUGGCUGUGUCAAGUUUCCCUGGGAGAAGGACCUGCCCAAAUACUGGGAUCAAAACCAACGAUCCAUGCUACAAUUCAUCCACCAGGUCCACAGGGGAGUCAAGGGCACCGUCUCAGACAUCCACACUGGUUCUGGCAUCCCCGAUGCCACCAUUCGUGUUGAGGGCAUAGAUCACAACGUCACUACAGCCCAGACGGGAGACUACUGGAGGCUGCUGGUCCCCGGGACAUUCAGCCUCAUCGCCUCAGCCCGCGGGUAUGAACCGAUGAAGAUCUACGCCACCAUCCCAAAAGACAGAGUAGAGGUGGUGGACUUCAAACUGAGCCGCGUCGGCGCCGGGCCUGAAGGCCGGCUCCCAGCGGGCCCGCCGCCCACCCAGGACCCCUCAGUGGAGGAGUUCCAGAACUUCAUCCGCUACCUGUCCGUGGGCGAGGGGCUGGAGGAGCUGGUGAGGAGCACCGCCACGGAGAACAGCUACCGCUACCGGAGUGAGAGAGAGAUAGCAGAGUCCCUGAGAGGCCUUCUCCUCAACUUCCCCAAAAUCACCUCCCUGCGAAGUCUGGGCCAGAGUGUGGAUUUCAGAACCAUCCGGGCUUUGGAGAUCUCCAACCAGCCGGAUGAGGCAGAGCCUUCUGAACCCAAAAUAAGAUUUGUGGCUGGGAUCCAUGGAAACGCUCCAGUGGGCACUGAGCUUCUGCUGGAAUUUGCAACCUUCCUGUGUAUGAACUAUGGCAAGAACCCGGCCAUCACCAGGCUCAUUAACAGUACACGGAUUGUCAUCCUGCCCCUCAUUAACCCAGACGGUAGGCAGCUGGCCGAGGAAAAGCAGUGCACCUCCACACGGGGCAUGGCCAACGCUCGCGGCAAAGACCUGGACACAGACUUCUUUGGCAACGCUUCCCAGCGUGUGGUGGAGGCCCAGCCAGAGACCAGAGCAGUGAUGAAGCUUAUCCUGGAGAGGGGGCAAACGCUGUCUGUGUCUUUAGAUGGGGGCGCUCUUCUGGCUACCUACCCUUACGACAAACCCGUCCAGACUGUGCGUUCUUUCUCUCUAGUUGAAAAGGAGGGCACUCUGAAGUACUUGGCUAAUGUGUACGCCAGAAACCAUCCCAGGAUGCAUCUCGGAGACCCCAGAUGUCCAAGCACGGGGCAAGGCGGGGUUCUGAGGGCGGCAGAGAGGCAGAGCCACAUGGGCAGCAUGAAGGACUUCAGUGUGGACUUUGGCCAUUGUCCAGAGAUCACUGUGUACACGGGCUGCUGUAUGUUCCCCCCCGCCGAGCAGCUGUCCACACUGUGGGCAGAGAACAAGAAGGCCCUUCUCAGCAUGCUUGUGGAGGCCCAUAAGGGCGUGCGAGGUGUGGUGCGGGACCGGAGUGGGAAGCCCAUCGUCGGGGCCAUGAUCGUGAUGAACGGGGGGGUGCGGGUCUACACUGCAGCAGGGGGCUUCUUCCACGCUCUGCUGGUCCCGGGCAGCCACGACAUUGAAGCCAUCGCUGAUGGAUACCAGCAUCAACGCCAGAAGGUGGUGGUGUCGUCCCAUGAAGCGGCCAGUGUGGUCAUCAUUUCGUUGAACAUGGACAACCGUAUCUUCGGUCUGCCCAGAGAGUUUGUGGUGGCUGCUGCAGCAGCCUCUAUGACGGCCCUGGUGUUGACUGCCUGCAUCAUCUGGUGUGUGUGUUCGGCCAAGUCCAACCAGCAGAAGGACGGCUUCCACCGGCUGCGGCAGCACCGGGAUGACUACGAGGACGAGAUACGCCUGACCUCCAUGGGCUCCAAAAAGGCCCUGCUGGGCCACGAGUUCCAGGACGAGAGCGAGAGCGACGAGGAGACGCUGUACGCCAACAAGCUCUGAAGCACCAGCGACGGCCUGCACACCCUGUCCCUGCACCCUGCUUGUAGCCCGGUGUUUUCUUUUUUGGUUGUUUGUACAUUCGUUCAGUCUUGGCCCGCGAGAACGUGAUGGACCAUUGGGCUAUGGCACCCGUUUGCUUUUUCGACAGACUUUUCAAAAGUGAUUGCAUCUCCCGCUCUGGCUCACCCUCGCUCUCUCUCUCUCUCUCUCUCUCUCUCUCUCUCUCUCUCUCUCUCUCUCUCUCUCUCUCUCGCUCUCUCUCUCGGCCAUCAACCUCCUGAAUAUGUGUGUAUUAUAGUAAUACUAUGAGAAGAGGAAGCGAGGAGCUGCCCUGUAUAGAGGGGACACUGGGAGUUUACAAUUCAACGCCUAUCCGUCCAAUACACACCGAAAGGUCAACCCUUUUCACAUCCAAUCCCCCCCAAAAAGCAUUGUGUCUCGUGAGAAAGUGGUUCAGUCCAACCACACGAAUGAUGUUCUCACUAUGCUUGAAUGAACUUUACAUAAUCACAGAAACCUGCCGUUAUUGAUAGAACAUAUGCUGCAAUGCUACUGUACAUUGAUACAAAGUGAAAGUUAUUAUUUUUAGGUACCAUUUUGGGAUGGAGAACCCAACACUGUGCCUUGGCUGUGGUCAAAUUCAACAGCCUGUUGAAAGAGUUUGUGACGGAUUAUGAAUGAUCUAGAAUCAGAUCCAGGCUUAACUAAAGGGUGUACGGUAAUUUAACUUGUAAAGUUGCUGAAAUCAAAUGUUUUUGUGCACAGAGGAUUGUAACCGGUUGGUUGUAUUUGCCUCCUCUCAGCUCCCUGACGCAAGUCAAAUGGAGAGAGUUGUAGGUACAGGGAGCUCUAUGCAUAGGAAAGCAAUGAUGAAAGCAAAGAAUGCUUUUUAAGAUAUCCGUAAAUAUCAUACGUCAGAAACUAUGAUCCUCAAUUGUUGACUUAUUGGAUCAUCUUUUUUUUGAUUUGCAACAUUUUCGAUAGAAUAUAAAAUUACUUUUUAAAUGUAUUUGGCUUUCAUGGCUUUCUGAACACAGGCUAUUUAGCAUGUUCCUUUAAAAUGUUCAUAUUUCAUGAAUGGUUGUUGCCAUAUCUGGCAAACUUCAUAUAACCUUUAGAGCUGUUGCAUACACAAUGUGCACAUAUCAAUGAUAUGACCACUUAAGUGUUUUAAAAAGAAGCCCACUUUUUUUUGUGGUGGUAGCCUCUUGAUAUGCACAACCUUAGAAUGGAUAUGUGACCGGCCUUCAGGUGGAUUACAAAUAUAUCUGAAAUUAGUGAUUUUUCAUUGUAGGCCAAUAUCCCCAAAUGGCACUUAAACAGUGCAGCAAAGGGUAAAUAUUCAAGUGUGAAAUGUUGGCAAUUUAUUUUACUUAAUAAUACAGUUCUGGAGUGUUUGUGUGUGCAAUUGUGUUGAAAAUUGGGUAAGAGAAGUUGGGUCUGUUAUGAUGUUGCUGUAACAUUUUAUAAAAACUGGAAAUUGUUUGUACAUAUUCAGAUGUUUGCCAAAUGUAGAUAAAAAAAGAAGUGCAAUUUAAACUAAACCAUUGCUCUACUGCAAACAAAUCAUUUAAUAAACCUUUCUAUGCGUGGUCAUAAGACAUGUUACCAUGAACACCGUCAUUAAAAUUCAAUAAAAGAUGUCAGAUGUG